AUGAGUUUUAAGGGUCUACAGAAGGGGUUGGCUCGCGCACCCCAACAAUUCAAGGUGAAAUUCAACAUUGGCGAGCACACUAAGGAUGCCGUCUACAUCGACUCGGAGCGCCGGUUCGACGAGCUCGAGACCGAGACAAAGCGGUUGCACGAUGAGAGUCGAAAGUACUUUGACGCCAUCAACGGCAUGCUCGCGCACCAGAUCGCCUUCUCCCAAGCUAUGACCGAGAUCUACAAGCCGAUUAGCGGCCGGAUGUCGGAUCCCGACUCGCUCGUGGUGCACGGGAACCCCGAGGGGAUCCGGGCGUGCGAGGAGUAUGAGGCCGUGGUUAAGGACCUGCAGGAGACGCUGGCGCCGGAACUCGAGAUGAUCGAGAGCAGGGUGAUCCGGCCGGCCGACGAGCUUCUCGACGUGAUCAAGGUGAUCCGCAAGACGGCCAUAAAGCGCGAGCACAAGAAGCUCGACUACGACCGCCGCCGCGCCACGCUCAAGAAGCUCCAGGAAAAGAAGGACAAGACGGCUAAGGACGAGAAAGCCACUUGGAAGGCCGAGAACGAAUUGGAGGAGUCGACCCAGGAAUUCAACUACUUCAACGACCUUCUCAAAGAAGAGUUGCCCAAGUUGUUCGCUUUGGAACGCGAGUUUAUCCAACCGCUGUUCCAGUCCUUCUACUACAUGCAACUCAACAUCUUCUACACCCUCCACGAGCGCAUGCAGCAAGUAGAUAUCGGCUACUUUGACCUGACGCUCGACGUAGAGGAGGCCUUCCUAAAGAAGCGCGGCGACGUGCAGGAACGUGCCGAGGCGCUCUCCAUCGUCAAGUUCAAGACCAGCGGCCAGAAGCGCCCGCCCAAGUACGGCCCGAAGCCGCGCCUCGAGGGCCCCAAAACAGCCGGCCUUCUCACCGCGGGACCAUCCCCCGCCCUCCCCCACCGGCACCCCCGAACUCGAACCCGCCCCCUCCGCCGGCACCGCCGCCGCCGCCCUCCCCGUACCCACGACCUCCGCCCCAGCCGCGCGCGCAAAAUCCCCCGUCCCCUCCGCGCUCCGCCCCUCCUGGCAACCCCGCCAAAGCGAAACCUCGGAGCACCCGCCGCCGCCGUACUCGCCGGGCCCCGUGUCCCCCGCGCUGGCCGCCGCUGCCGCCGCCAAGUCCAAGCCGCCGCCGCCCAAGCCCAAGCCGAGCCGGCUGUCGGCGACGCCCGCCGCGCCCAAGGUCGAGACGGUUACGGCCCUGUACGACUACGCGGCGCAAGCCGAGGGGGAUUUGAGUUUCCGCGCGGGCGACAUCAUUGA